AUGUCUAUCAUGGAACAAGUGUUGACGCUGGUCAACAAGCAUCUCGGGCUGUACUGCCACUUUGAGGAGGCGGUCAACAAGUAUCAGCAGUUCUGCAACAUCGGCUCGCUCAACAGUGGCCGCAAGAUGCUGGAGACGGAGCACCCCGGCCUCUCCGGCGACAUCGCCUCUUUGCAGUCCAAGCUCAAGGCCGAAGUCUCCGACCUUGCUGAGAAGGUGGCUGAGAUCCAGAAGCUGGACUGCCAGGUGAAGGACCUGGCCCUGAAGGCCAGCCAGGAGGCUGAGCGCCUGGUGGCCGGCAAGGUGAAGAAGGACGCCUAUAUCGUGAACCACAAGCACCUGUGCUCGAAGCAGCAGGACCUCGUGUCCAGGAUCGACACCAUCCUGGAUGACUUAUAGCGUCUGACGUCCCCCUCACACCCACCCCCCCCCCCCCCGUAACUAAAAGAUCGCAUGGUA